GGCUUUACCGCAUUCGUGUAUAUUCACGUUCACCUCAGCGGGUGCUGCGGACAGUGGCCCUCGAACAACUUUCUCAUCCGGAGCCUAGCCUCCCCCUCGCCAAUCUCGACCAAGAGUCUGGAACAAGAUGUCGACAUCAACGGCGCUGACUACAACUGAGACCAUCUCACUUGCAGCGGUGUCAUGGGCGAGCAUCACGGUCUUGGCGAACACCUUCCGAGGCGAGGGUGAACCACUCAUUGCGUCGAUAGCAUUCAGUGCGCUCGCGUUUGUGGCAAGCUAUGCACUGAUACGAUGGCUUGGAGAUGCUUUCAUGCGCCGGGGAUUCAAAGGGAGAGACCUUUGCAAGGUCAAGAAGAACGAGAUCCCUGAGAUGAUGGGUGCAGUGUGCGCCAUGGUGUACCUCUUCAUCGUGAUCUUCUUCAUUCCUUGGCCGUUCUACAAGGACAUCGUUGUAGCAACAUCAGGCGGAGGCAACCGUGACGUUAUCAAGGAGCUAGAGGAGGUUGAGACAGGACGACUCCUUCACAAGUUCCCCCACAACAAGCUUGCGUCGUUCCUCGGAGCCAUCCUCUCGUUGCAAUGCAUCGUCCUGCUUGGUGUUGGCGAUGAUCUGUUCGACAUCAGAUGGCGUCACAAGGUCCUCAUUCCGGCUGUCGCUUCUAUCCCCAUGCUCGUUGUCUACUUUGUGGACUUUGGCGUUACGCAGAUGGUCGUCCCGCUUCCUCUGCGCCCGUAUCUAGGCGAGUUGUUUGAUCUUGGGUGGGUCUACUACAUCUACAUGGCACUGUUGUCCAUUUUUUCCUCGAACAGUAUCAACAUUCUCGCAGGCAUCAACGGUAUCGAAGUCGCUCAGUCGAUUGUGAUAGCUGUGCUGAUAGCCGGUAACGACAUGCUCUAUUUGUCGCCCUUCACCAGUUACCCGCACCCGGCAACAGACUCGCAUCUCUUCUCACUGUACUUCUUGCUACCGUUCAUUGGAGUAUCGUGCGCACUGCUGAAGCACAACUGGUAUCCUGCAAAGGUAUUCGUGGGCGACACUUACUGCUAUUUUGCCGGCAUGGUUUUUGCAGUAGUUGCGAUUCUGGGCCACUUCAGCAAGACGCUGAUCCUGUUGCUGCUGCCGCAAGCGUUCAACUUUGUGUAUUCGGCUCCUCAGCUGUUCCACAUCAUACCGUGUCCCCGACAUCGGCUUCCUCACUUCAAUGCACGGACAGGCCUGCUAGAGCCAUCGCGCGUACAUUUCCAACGCCCUCUUCGACGACCGAUAGCGGAGAGCCUCAAGGUGCUGCACCGGCUUCGGCUGCUUGAUCUAGAGGUCGAUGAGAAGGGGCAGGUGCUCUCGUCGUCCAACUUCACGCUAAUCAAUCUGUGGUUGGUGUGGUUCGGCCCCAUGCGGGAGGAUCGGCUGGCGCUGGGGUUAUUGGCAUUUCAGUUCGCAGUCGGAGCGUUGGGGCUGUUUGUACGACAUCGCAUGGCGCUGCUCAUCUUCACAGCGGACAACUGGUAGAAGCGCAGCAUCUGCACGGCUGCAUGGCGUUAGGUUCUGCACUGCUGGUGGAGGGUUAGAGGAUCGUUCGCCGUCUUUGUACACGACAAUCGAAUCCACCUCUUAACACCACACGAACCACGGAUCUGUAUCACGGAUGAGCUCGGCAGCUGCGCAUGCGAGCGGUGAGAUGCACAGGCGGGCGAAUCGGAGGCUCGAUGGAAUAAUCG